AUGCUGGGCUCAGGGUUCAACAAGCAAAAACUGAAGGUGAAUUUGAAGUUGGCUAUCAACCGACUAAAACUGUUGGAGAAGAAAAAGAGUAAGCCUUCAGUUAUUUCGUAUUCUAUAUAAGCUCUAUCUAACUGUGCAUUUUUAGAACUUCCAGAAGUACAAAUUUUGCGUGUCAGUGUUGGAUAAAUCAAAGACGUUUUAAAACAAUUCGCACUAUUGGGUGACAGAGAAAACUGUUUCCAGGUUUAUCUUUAUUCUACCAUUUUGCAAGGAUGUCUAUAUCGUGGCUAUAUAUAUUCGUAUGAUUUUAUACGCAGCUGAACUAGCACAAAAAGCAAGGAAAGAAAUUGCUGACUACAUCAACAAUGGGAAAGAUGAACGGGCAAGGAUUAGAGUGAGUACAAGCGUGUGUCCUUGAUUUAACCUUUACAUAAUUCCUUAAAAAUAAAUAACCUUUAGCUAUGUGACCUUGUCAUAGGCAAGUCUAACAUAUUAUAUGUCGCGCAUUGUAGAAAAUUACCAGUGAAGUCAUCAGAUUGUGUUUUGUGCCGAAAGUCACGCAUAACUCAUAACCAAUUUGUCAUAUUUGCACUUUGUUGCACAAUUAUAGAAAACCUCCAAUGCAAUAUCUGACCAUGUUUAAUGAUCCUGUACAAAUAAUAAUAUUUACAUAAAAACGUAUUCCUCAAGAUUAACAUGAUCUGUUUAUUUCCAAGGAUGCCAGAUGUAAAAAAAUAUAUCAUUUUACUUUUUGUGUUUAUUGCAGUAUUGCUACAUAACAAAUUUUAUGUACUCAUUCUACAUGUCUUUCAAUGAUGUAACCGACAUAAUUAAAAAGACAAGUGGUUGGGAAGUGAAGUUGUAUGACAGGAUUUUAGGUUUUCCUUGUCUUCAAAUAUUAAAGGAUUGUGUUUAAAGGUGAUAAAAAAGGGAAUUUUAAUGUUUGAUUAACCUCAUUUGUUUUGAUUAUCAGGUAGAACACAUUAUUCGUGAAGAUUAUCUAGUAGAAGCAAUGGAGAUGUUGGAACUUUACUGUGAUUUGUUGUUGGCCCGAUUUGGCUUGAUAGAAACACAGCAGUGAGUACAAUACUGUAGAUUUAAAACCUAAUUAUUAUGCAAUACAUCACACUAUACAACCAUACAUGUUAGAGGUAAAAAAUACAUUGAGGUCAAGAUUUUUUAAUCAAGAUUGUUUCUCAGUUUUCUUUGUCUCCUAGCCUUUAUUAUUCAUGAAUUAGGACUAAGAGACAAAGUAAACUGAGAAUCAAACUAGGCUAACAAAUUUUAAUCUGAAAUUUAUUUUGACCUGUAACAUAUUAGGCACCAGUUGUUCAAAAAGGUGGAUAGUGGUAUCCACCAGAUAGAUCACUGUGCCCUGGACAAGUAUCAGGAUAAUCAUUUUUUUUAUUAUGUUCAGUAUUAGCUAGUGAUUUAUCCAGAAAAACGUGAUAUCCAGCUUUUGAAAAACUGGGACCUGUUCUACAUAUUAUGGGUUGGGAAGGAGUUUUAACCGUUUCACUGCCAAAUGAAGCCAAAGGCAAAUUUCGAGUAAGUUUGCAAAUUUCAUUUUGUAAAAUUUUGAAAAACAAAUAGCACCACGUGUAAGUACUGCUCAGUAGCUUUUAUUUGAAUGGUCACAUCAUAGGAUUUGGUCUGCAGACUCAAAAGUUAGAGUCACCUUACAAAACUCCAUCAAGCACUCUGGUAGAGAAAGGGUUAAGGAUUAUGAUUGUUGUGGAUUUGAUGUUAUCCUCAGCAGGACAUUUGUCAAUGAGCUUCUUAAAUAAUUAUGAUAUAUCUACAAUGUUCAAAGGCAUUGAACUUUGUGUAAUUUCCAUGAUGAAUUAUUAAAUGUCGUUCAAAUGUGAAAAAUGCUUAAUAGAUACUGUGAGGAAGGAAUGAUCGAGGCAGUAACAACUUUAAUGUGGUCAGCACCACGUCUACAAACUGAUGUUCAAGAACUGCGAGUGGUGAGCCUGUGCACAAAUAUUGUUUUGUCUGUGUCAUAUGUUGGCCUGUGCUUGUCUGUGUUUGAUAAAUGUUUUAUAAACUUGACAUGUAGCAUUUUAACACCAUGUAUUUUCUUUUUCAAAUAGAUUGCUGAUCAACUAGGAUUAAAGUAUGGUAAAAAAUUUGCCCACGAAGCUAGCAUCAAUGCAAAUUCCACUGUCAAUGAUAGAGUAAGCAACCUUUUCUUUUCUUUUAGUUCUACUGCAUAAAUGCAACACCAUCAUAGUGAAUGAUUUUUCCACGGGCUUCUGUCCUUUAUUGUUACCGUGGAAAUAUCUUUUGUUCUCGGACAAUCAUUGGAAUGAGUUGUGGACAUAUUUGUUAAUAUGUUUUUGUCUAUAAGUCAUUAUGAAAUAAAUGCAUUGAAAAUUGCAUAAAUAUUUUAGACUUAUGCACCCCACCUGAACUCUAAGCAGAGAUAGAAUUUCAUAUCAGUGUAAACAUAAAUUAAAUAAUGUUGUUUAAAAAUAAUAUAAAUAUGCUCUUAUUUUUUUCUUUUUGUUUGCUUGUUAGCUUAUCCUCAAGCUAAGUCCUAAGCCUCCACCAAAGAGCUUAGUGGAGAAUUACUUAAUAGAGAUAGCACGAAGCCAUAAUGUAGCAUUUGAGCCUGAUCGUACUGUUUUCUUGGAGGUAGGUAAUGCCACAUAUAGACUGCCUUAUGAAAUACCGUAAAAUUCCGAAAAUAAGCCCGGGGCUUAUAGUUUUCAAAGGCCCUUUUUGAGGGGCUUAUUUUUAGAGGGGCUUAUAUUCGAAGGGGCUUAUGUACGCAAGGAAAUUUGCGUUUGAAAAUCGAUUGGGCUAGCUUGUAGUGGGAAGGAAAUUUACCAUUUUUGCUUUGUUUUACUUCGUAUUCGAGGGCAAAUUCCAAGUACAAGCCCCCCGGGAGGCUUAUAUUCAGAGGGGCGAUUUAAUGGAGGGUUUUUUGCAUUACGAUUUUGGGGGGCUUAUAUUUGGAGGGGCUUAUACAUGGAGGGGCUUAUUUUCUGAAUUUUACGGUAACCCCCAACCAAUCAAUCAUCAAUUAUAAUCAGAAAAAUCUCUUUAUAAGAAUGCCGUAUUUUUGUAACUUUGUGCAAGUCAGAGUACAUGUAUAUUUUUUUAUACAAAUGUGUUGAGUUUUUUAACAGUGGACCACUUAGCUGGGCUCAGAAUUUUCUCUGUGCUUUUGGGUGAUUGAGGGGGGCAUAAGGGGGGUACAAAUACCGCAAAACCGCACAGAAAUACGUAUAAAUACCGCACAGAAUAACAUAAGAAACCUGCAAACCGCGUUGAAAUUACCCGAAAAUUUCUAAUUACGGCAAACCGCUUGGUUUUGUAAAACCGCAAUACCGCAACUUAAAAUAAAAAUCACCGCAAAACCGCACCAUAAAUCGAGCAAAACCGCAUCACCGCAAACCCUUACACCCCCCUCGUGAUUGGAUUAGGGCCAUCAAAUGACACAAGUUUUUGAUACAUUUAUUUUCCCACAAGAAAUUUUAUUUUUUCCUGUGAUAAUUGAUCAUUUGGACAUUUUCAAAUUUCCAUAUUCAAUUAUCACAUCUCUCAAAGAUUUCUAACAAUACAGAUUAUAAUAAAUUAUCAGUAUACCACUUAAGUAUAGACCAGACAAAGCAUGAUCGCCUGGUCCUCCACAGUGGGCCUAGAGUUAGGCACAAGGGAGGCCUUGGUACUUAGGGUUGUACCCUCAGUUGCAUCAAAGCAUGGACACAAGACAAAAAAACAUGUUCUAAUAGGGUGCUAGACAUGACGUGUUUUUGCUGUCAAACAUUAAUUUGAAGUUUGACAGCCAUUAAAGCAAACUAUCGCACAAAAGGCUUACAUGUUUUUGAUCGGCGCAUUCCACUCGUCUUUUAUUUUUCUCAAUUUUCAGCAAUAUUUCUCGCUCAGAAACAGCACACUUGCAUUUAAGAAUUAUUCUUUGGAGUUUAAAAUAAUAUAUAGAUUUAGCCAGGGCUAAAAGCGAGGCUCCCAUUGAUAAAUUUAUAAUUUAAAUUAAACAAUAAACUUGUAUUCGAAUUCCACAAUUCAGUUAACUUUAGAGCACAUUUAUGUGACUUUUGAGGGAAAGGCUACCUGAUUUUAGAGAAAAAUAAUUGGCAAACAGCCCAAAGAGUGAAUCAAAUCUUACAUCGAGUUGAUAGCCUCAUAUGUACACCCAAAAACUGGUAAUCAUCUUCGGUCACAUUUAAGAGCCAUUGGCUCUUGAUCACCGUAGAUUAAUUAGUGGAAAAAAAAUCAGGCCAACUUUUUUGCGUUCGACAAGUUUACUUUGCAAAAUCUUGUCAACAAAUCUGGGUGCGUGUAAACCAACCUUUAUAGCAUUUAUACAUCACAUCUGAGGUGAAACAGUAGUACGAGGCACUGUUUUUAUCAUACCGGCAGACCUCGGACAGAAAGCAGUAUUUCACAAUACAAAUUACACGCAUUCAAUAUUCAUAAACUGUUAAAAAAAUUUCCAAAAUCACCUAUACGGCCAUCCGGUUCUCACUUUUGCAGUGCGACCUGUGGCGAGUGUUUGAAUGAACAUUAACAGAGUUACGCUCCAACAUUAUAAAGAAUUUAUUCUGUUUAUUUUUUAUUUAAUGGUUUAUUAACGCGCGGCAUUUUGAGUACUGCUGCAAGCGAUGUUCACUGAACGACUGAAAACAAUCGGCACAACGAUUAAAGUUACAAAAGAGACUACUAACAAUCAAUAAAAGAAACAUAAUUCGGUGAAACAUAUACAGAAACAACAAUUUUCAUUCAGGAAGACAAGUAUUAAAGUAUCCCUAAAAAUCCUGAGUCUUCAAGCUUCAAGCUUAAGUUUAUGUUUUAAGCCGGCUUCCCGGUGUUUGCUUUUUUCAAAGACGAACUCGAGGCAAGAAAAUCGCUCAAAACUUUCUUUUCCGGCCAGAAUUAUAACUAAAUAUUCUUUGGAACGUUUUCUUUCUAUUUGCGGUGAGAAACUGUCUAAAGGCUUUUUAAAGUUCUGUAAGCUUAUAUCAAACCUGAUACUCGGUCAGAUCAUUGUCUCAAAUCUUACAAACGUGCAUAAACUAAAUGACCGCAUAAACUCCGCUCGACUUCAUUGAAUUAGAUCCAAAAAAACAAACAUCAAAUAUAAUAAUUUCUCUGGCUUACCAUUUGAGAUGCAGCUCCUGAAGAGUAUCAAGAAAAGCCAGUAUCGCUUCAGACUUUGCAAUCCUCUUACGCAUCAAGCAAGGUGAAAACGAAAACGAUGCCAUCCGAAAUCGGAUUUGCGACUUUGGCAAGCGACGUAUUCCUCAACCAAAAACCCAAUAAACAAACUAGCCAUGAAUAACAGAGGACUCCUGAUAGCAGCUGAAUUUCAUUUUGCACAUCCAGUGAAAAAAGACAGGUAAAAACAUCACAAGUUGACACAAAACUCUGUCAGCUUCAACUGUCAAAGUAAACAAGAUUCAAGAUGCUGCAUAAAUUUUCCGAAUGAACUCACCUGUCAAAUUUUGACCAAUCAGAGCAUACAAAUUGGACGUAGAGCGUGACCAACGCGUGACCAUGGUGAGAAAAGUCAAAAGCAACUGUCUUCCCUGCCUGUAACAGCUGGCUGAAUUUUCGCGUCCGAGGUCAGUUUGCAAUCAAAAUUUUAAUUGUGUAGCACAUAGACACAACAUAUUUCAUAUGAAUUUAGAAAAAAACUUGAACUUGAGCCUGCGAUCACUUGAAAACUAGUAACUUGUCAGCGGAUAACUUCAAAAAAAUACUUGACCUCGAUGGGUCGACACCUGAGCCCGCGAUACGGGCAAGUGAUACUGGUCAGCGGGUACCCUGCUUUGACAGCUGUCAAUUGAUCAAAACAUUGAUGUCCAAUAUGUGUGCAUUAUCAGUUUAACUAGUAAAAAUAUGAGAUUGAACAUUGUUCGCGAUCUAGUAAAACAAAUAACUGGUCAGCGGACAGCUUCCAAAUAAAUCACGUCACCUCGACGAGUUGACACAUGAGCCAACGAUAUGGUCAUGGGAUACUGGUCAGUGGCUAUCCUCUUUUGACAGCUGUCAAUUGACCAUAUUGUGAAUGUCCUAAAAUCCUAUAUUAAAGAUGUGGACUUGCCAAGACACGCCUGAGACACCCCUCCCUUCCUUUUGAUAGUCUCCCCUACCCCACCCGUACAAUCUGUAGACGCGUACGUACGUACGUACAUACGCUCGGUCAGUCACGUGACAACCAAACGAAAAGAGGUUGACCAUAUUCCAUGAGUAUGGGGCUCUGUCCCACGCGCGCUUCGCGCGCGCGGGAGCCCCGCUACAACUCCAGAAAUUCUUCUUAACGUGUUGCCAUGAAAUUUUGUUCAUUGAAAACAAAUCAAGUCGACAAACAGCUGCCUACUUUGUAAGUGAACAUGGGUCUAACGCCACCCAAAACUUCAACAGUUUGGUGGCAAAACAUGUCAUGCUUUCACCCAAUUAGAACAUGUUUUUUCGUCACACAUACACGCUUAAAUGCAACCAAGGGUAUUCUGACAAGGCACAUGGCCUUGUAAACAGUGAUGUGAGACAAAUGAAAUAUUUACAAACGGCACAAAGAUGGGUUGAAAAUGCGACAGUGAUGCAGAAAAGCGUAAAAAGAAUAGUGAAAUGCCGACAUGGACAUGGCUUCCCCCUUAAGACAUGAAACAACAGGUUUUGACUUUCUGACCAGACAUUCGCACACACCCUAAGCGGGUUAAGGCUAAUGAGCCUGUCCUUUUUAAAAGCUGAAUGUUGCAGAAACAGAAACUUUUGACUCGGAGCUUGAUAGCCAUACGAUGUAUGCACCUUCUAGAGCAAAGAGCAAUGAUGUGCACAUGUAGACACACCACAAAAUAUUCAACAUUUCUUGUUCUGAAUGUCUUUAAAUAAGUGUCACCCCCAAUUCUGUGUCAGACUUAAAAAGUAACAUGGCCUCAUUAUUGGCCACAUUACUAUUUGAUGAAUAAUCUGAAGAGGUUCCUUUUCUUCAUCUUCUUAAAAUUACAGUAUUUUUUUUUAAUAUAUUUUUUUUAAAGAUGAUGUAAAAAAGAUCAACACAUAUUCAUUCUCUUGGUAAUUUCUUGCUUAGGAGGAUGAUUUACCAGAGUACGAUGAACCUGGCCCCCCAAAGGGUAAUGGUUUUGGUGGUAGUGGUAGUGGCGGUGGAGGUGGUGGUACCGGUCGCAUUGGUUUUGAGGGGAUUGCAGCAGGUUACGAGGCACCCAGUAUGUCAAACCCCCAAUAUGCUUCGCUAACUUAUCCACCAUCACAUGUAAGUUUUUCUUAAAGUGUACGGCCAGAAUUGUUUGAAUUUGCUGUUUAUUAUUCACUGUGAAAAGUUAGUACACGUUUGUUUUACACCCAGAAAUCAUGGACUGGUUGCAUAAAGGCAACUUAAGAUUAAGUGGGAAUUGUUUACAACCACUCUUUAGUUCUGAAGGAUCUCUCUUUGUGUUUUUUUUAUACUGGUUAAUCAUCUUUUGGCCAAUUCAUUUGUGUUAUAGUGCAAGCAAAUCCUCCAUAACUAAGGAAAUGGUCACAGAAAAUUCCCUGAGUGUCUUUGAACUCACCACCACCAACAACUCUGCAAGCAAACCAGUCUGUUGGUAAAAUCAACUAAUUAUUAAUAUUUAUUGUUCACUUUACAGGGAGGUGCACCACCUUACCCAGUGGGUCCCCCAGGGAAUGCACCACCCUCCUACCCUGAGAAGGUUUUGCCACCGUACCCUGGAGGGCCUGUCAAUAACCACAGUCCUACAGCUCCACCAGCAGGUGAAAAUACUUUCAAUAAUUUUAUUGAAAACUUUAAACCUACCAGUUAUUAACCCUUUAAGUCCCAAUAGUGACCAACAUCAAUAAUAUUUUCUCCUAACGACAUCCAUACAAUUUCAAGAGAUUAGGUUAUGAGAAUUAAUCAAUUGAUCACCAAAGAGAAAAUGCUUUGAUCUUUUGUCAAAUUCUCUCAACUUAUUCUUUAAAGAAGUGUGUAGAGAUCAGUUUGGAGAAUUUGCUUGUGGAUAUUGGGGCUUAAACGGUUAACUUAUGUUACCAUUGGUUACAUCUAAGUAUGUACAUGUGACCAAAAAACAUGUUCUAAUUGGAUGAAAACAAGACAUGUUAAUUGCUGCCAAACUGUUGAAGUUUGGGGUGGCAUUAGACAAAUGUUCAAUGCAAAGUAGGUAGCUGUUUGUUGACUUGAUUUGUUUUUGAUCAACAAAAUAUUCAUUGCACAGCUGUUAGAAGAAUUUGUGGAGUUUUAAAACUCCAAAGAAUAAUUCUUAAAAGCAAGUGUGAUGUAUCUGAGUGAGAAAUACCCUGGUAUUACUGAAAAUUGAGAAAAAUAUUUAAAACAUGUGCAGAUUGUGCUGAUCAAAAACAUGUUAUCAACUUAACCUUUGACUUGACAGUUUGCUUUAAUGGCUAUCAACUUCAAAUGUUUGGCAACCAAACAAGUCAUGUCUGCCACCCUAUUUUAGAACAUGUUUUUUGUCUCCUGUCCAUGCUUUGAUGCAACAUGAGCGGUAUUUUGAAUAGUUAUACCUAUUAUAUGACCUUCAGUAAACUGAAGCAUUGUUUUACCUAUGUUACAUUAAUUCAAGGUUGGUUUUUGACUUCCUUUUCCCUUUUGCGAGACAUCAACAUGACACUUGUUCAUUUGCUCCUUUCUGGUUCAUGUGAUGUAGGGGUGAUUUUCUGGGUGUGUGGGCAAGGUUUUAGCCAGAAGGGUGUCCUGCCAUCUUAUGGACGGCUAUUUUUUGAAGAAAUGCAAGGAAAAUUCACUCAAUCUUUUAUGGGAAAACAUGCCUUCUGGAGGACCAGUUUUCAAUGUCUGGCUAAAAGAAUGUGUGUGGGAAAUGUUACAGCUGAAAGUUCACCCUGCUUUGUUGUUAUGCCAUACUAAAAAGAACAAAACAGAUGUGUUAUACAUCUUCAACUCUGCCCUGUUCUGUCUGUGUCAUUGAAUAGUUGCACUAUCCUACAUAGUAUAUUUAGCAUCUUAGUGCUUUUUUUCUCAUUUCCCAUUUUAUUCUAGGACCACAAAAGCCCUCUGCGCCCACCGCACCCACUCCAGCGCCUCGCUCAUCAAAAGGACCCAGUUUUCCAGACCUCCCAUCAGUACCAACAGACCUACCAAACAUACCAGACAGCUUACCAGGGGCGAAUAGUGCUGGCGGGGAGGAUGUAGACUUCGAUGAUCUCACCAGAAGAUUUGAGGAUCUCAAAAAGAAAAAAUAGCUCUAGGCAGAUUUUUUUUACUGAAAAACACCGGUAAAUGUAAUUUUGUUGUUACUGUUGUUAAUUGUAGCUUAAGCUUUUUCAGAUAAACAUUUUCCAAAGAGGCUUUUCUGCUGUCUGUUUUUCAGCUUUUCAGGUAGCUGUAGACCGCAGUGGUGGGGUGUAGCCAUGGGCCCCGGGCGGCGCGGGGGGGCGGGGGGGUACUUCUUGGUAACGGGCUAAUGGGGAUAUGCUGCUGAAUAGCGUUGCAUUGUAAUGGAUGGAUUGACUAAACUGUGUUUCGAGAAUCAGAAUUGGCCGGACACUUUUGGAUUUAGGUUUGAGAAAUUCUGGCAAGUAUGGAUUUUGGUUAGAAAAGAAAUGAGAAGAUGUGCGUUAAAAAACUGUUACAACAUUCAGUGCUGCAAUAAAUGACUUGGAAAUAACUUGCCUAAUAGUGAGUAAGACGAGUCUAUACGUCAUGAUGGGAUAGGGGUUCUUCGAGGCCAGCAGCACAUACCCAGCAAAAAUUGACCCAAGUACCCCACCCCGUGGGUUAUAGGCUUAACUUCUGCGGUACUUUUUGCCAAACAAGGGAUGGAUAUCAACCCCUUUCUUGUCAGUUGUGUAAGAACUGAUUGCUGUCCGAUAUCUUAUUACUUCUUUGCAACAAACUAUUUGAUAAGUGUAUAUACAUAAUAAAACAUUUCCAGGUCAUCAUUAGUAGGUCAUUGUUUGCGAUCAGUUGUAUAUUCUGUAGUCCGGUUCUGGCCCCUCUCUUUAUGUCACGCAAUGCUCGGGACGGGGAGCCUUGUGUGACUGCGGCCCGAGCGGCUGCAAAGGACACUAGCAGGUUACUUGUAUAAUGCGUUGACAAUUCUUUUAAAGCCCCAAGGAAAUUUGUAACAAGGGGACUACUACUGAAGAUUUAUAUUCCUGAUAGGGUGGCAAGUUUUACUACAAUUCCGAUUUAGUUUAUGCAUUAAGGAAGACAAGCGAGAAGCUCUUUAUCAAUUUGCGGGCAAGCUUUCGGGGGAGGUGUGGGGACUGAAAACGCUUUUGAAUGGUCUGGAGUUUCUUUUCCUUUUUUUCCUUCAUCCCUCCAAAAUAAGGCCAAGUCUUUUCAAAUUUCCUCCUAUAAUCGCCGUGCUUGUUUAAGUUCAUAAUUCUCCUCUUCCC